AUUAUUCUCAUUGUAAUGUUUUUGGCUGCAUUAGCCGGGUUCUCGUGUACCGUUUACUAUCCAGGGAUUCCCAACAUCAUUAUGGAAUUUAAAUCCGUCAUCUUUUGUAACGACAUUGGUCGCAGCGCUUUUUAUGUUCUUCAUGGUGCGGUCAUCAACAACAUUUGGGGUCUUGUUCAACGUGGGCGUGGAUACAGCAAGUUUGUUCUUGGAAAUACGUUUGGUCCUCUUAUUGGUCCAAUGAUUGGCGGCUUUUUAGUCAUGACUGAUUUGACGUGGCGUGCUACAUUUUGGUUAUGCGCCGGGUUGGUCGUCAACAGCGUCAUAUACGUCUCUGCCACCAACACAUCAGUCGAAGGCUCGCAUGUACAAGUUCUUGAUGACGAAGACAGAGCAACAACGCCCACGAUCCACCUAGUGAUCGAUAGCAAGGAUGUGGAAAAGCAACAGCAACGAGAAAAAGAAGGGGAUACCCUCGAAGCAGUGAUAUCAUCGUCAUCGCAGGAGAAGGACCAUGAAAGAGAAAAAUCGUUGAAUCUAUUCCGUCCAUUUGCCUUACUUCGGUAUCCGAACAUUGCAUUGAGUACUGUACUAGCGAUAGAGACUGUAAUCCCUAUUUUGUACGAGCGCAUCCAUUCAUUUAAUUCCUGGCAGACAGGAGGAGGGCUAGGGAACAUUUGCGGUGUAUUGGUCAACAGCCAGCUUUCUGAUCGUUUGCUUUUACGGGCAAGAGGUCGACGCGGAGGACGAGAGAAAUGGAUACCUAUCGUUGCUUUUGGCAUACAGACAUUCGGAAUGAAUCAAGUCAUGACAGGUGUGAGCGCUUAUUUACUGGACGCAGUACCUGGUCGAGGAGCAUCGGCUGUAGCUGCUGGAAAUGUGAUAUACAAUGUGUUUGCAUGUCUAUUUGCAGUGGCAGGCACGCCUAUGGUGGACUCAAUAGGUCCUGGCUACCUCUCAGUUUUUGUCGCUGGUCUAAGCUGGCUUGCAGCUUGCGGUUUAAUCAUCCUAAAAAUUUACGGCCAAAGAAUGCGACGACGAUCCGGAUUCUUGCAAGACAGAGAGCGAGAAGUAUAAGUACAACCACCAUCACUAUGUUCUUU